UUGACCGAGCGUCAUUAUACGUAAUGGAGUCUAUAUUCACUUUGAUGAAAUUGUGAUAAGUAAAAUUGAAACUUUUCAAUGAAAUAUAGUGUUAAAGUUUUGUGUUGAAAGUGGUGUAGUUGGAAUAUAUUGCACAUAUGUAUUUAUGGGCAUUGGAUUUGAAAUACAAAGCACUUACAACCUCAUUUUUUAUACAAUGAUUCCUUUGAGCUUUAAUUUAAAUACGAACCAAGUGCCACGUUAGUUAAAAGCGCAUCUAUUUUAUACAUGCGACUAAGAUUUAAUGGUUUUACGCACGUACAUCGCUCCAAAGACUAAUGAAGGAAUGGCUUCAGACCAACCUGUAAAGAAAAAGCAAAGAAUAGACGGUCCUGACAGAGACGAUGGAAGUGAUAAGUCCGGGGAAGAGAUAUUCUCUGACAUAUUUGACUCGGAAGAAACUCCUGUUGAACAUUCUGGAGAUUUUAUAACUAGAAAUGGAGAAUCACCAGAUAGUGGUACUGUAAGUGAAGAUGCUGUUGAUUGUUCAUCUAUUUUAAGGCAUUUAAGUAAUGGCAGUGUUGAUAAUAUCCCCUCAUCAAGCAAUACACCUCAUUGGGCAGCUACAGAUGAUAAGCUGCUUACUGAAUUACGAUCACUGCAAAAUUCUUUAAUUGGUCAAUGCUUAUGUGGUAUAGAUGAAAAUGUGGUCAUCACCCUGUUUGAUAGGAGACUUCAUAUUGCUACUUGGCCAUUAAGAUGUACCUUGACUUAUCUUUCAACCAUGCAACUCCUAUUUGAUAUAUAUUUGAAACAAAACAGUACUGGUACAAUUUGUUCACAGUUGAUGAAUGCAUGUGAUAUUUUUAUAAGAAAUAGGCAUGAUUGGAUCACAGAAGUUGUUGAACUUUCGGAACAUAAAAGCAAAUUUGUAACUUUUGUUGCAAGUAGAGUUCUUGCCAGCUUCCUUAUAGUAUCUAAAGAUACCGUUGAUGAAAAUUGGUUACAACAAAUAACAGAGAAUAUUUAUUUAUUUGAUAGAAUCAAUAGGAUAACAGUUCAGAAAAUAAAUUUCAGCUUAGAUAUUAUUAAGAGGAUAGUUGAGUGGAAAGAUGUAGAGCAACAUCCAUUAGAAGAUAGUAAUUAUAUAAACACAGUGCAUGUUCAGGAAGAUAACCCAUUUCGAAGUGGUACUAGUUAUAGCAAUAACAUGCCUUCUGGCUCAAGAAGUGAUUUAGAUAAUGCAUUCUCUAAUUUACAAACACACAGUUCACCUUCCACCUCUAAUGAAAAUGUAACAGAAAUUAAACCUUCAACGUUUAAACUACAUGAGCCAGUACUUAAAUUACCAUCAGAACAGCCAAAUCAAAGGAUAGAGAGAAGUGAAUCACCCGAACCACAACUUUCUAGAAUAGAACGAGUAAAUGAAUGUGGUUGUGUAACUGUUAUUUUAACUGACUCGGAAUCAUUCGAUACUUCUCAUAUAAAAUGCUUAACAGUAAAAAAUUUGGAACAUCAUUGGCCUGUUUUGGUAAAAAAUAUGAAAUUACUGCUACUUCGGUACCUGAAUUUGAGCAAUGCAGAAAAUUGUGUUCUUACAUUUUUUUCACUAUGGGAGAACAUAAUAAGUGUAAAAGCAAAUCUAUCCGUGAUUGAUACAAAACCAUUUUAUGCUGAUCUACAGAGUUUCAUUGAUUUAUUAAGAAAUACAUUAUUGCCACCUUUAAUUUACAGUCAUCUAUUAAGUUUAUUUAAUGAAGUUUUGUGUUAUGGUUCCACUUUAGCUUUACAAGAUAUCCUGCCAGAAGAAAUUUGCAGUGUGGCCCACUCUAUUGUUAGAUAUGUUAAAGAUUUUCGUUUACUUAGUGAAGUUAGGGUGCACAGUAGCAGAAGUGGGUUUGGAUUUCUUGGCCAUGAUUGUACAGUGUUACGAGAAUACUCAUUAGGUUCAGAGGUAGCCCCACUAUCAACAACAAUACAGUUGGUUGAUCAAAGUUAUGGAGAAGAUGAGCAUGAUAGUAAUCAAAGGAAUGAAAUUGACAAAACAAUGCUACAAAGAAUGUCUCUGCUAGUGCUGAAAUCUGUGGCAGUAACAGUAAAAGAAAUGAGAUGUGAUUCAUCUGAUAGCUCUAUAGAUUCCUCAGAUUACAAUGCCAUUCAAGACAUGCAAAUUGUUGAACGCUCAAUUAGAGAUGUCUUAAAGAAACUUGAUUUUUUUAUUAGAAAUUGUCUUGAAUUUCACCCAGAGACGCCAUUUACAAAAAUGUUAAUACAUCUAUUUAGUGAACAAGAUGAUUACCUGAUAGAAUCAAUGGUAUGUACACUAGACAUAACUGUAGGAAUUGUUUACCGUAAUUCAAUGUAUCCAGAUUUAAUACCAAUGUUAAAUCCAAUUACCUCUUUCAUUGAGUUUUUGAAAGUUGUUUCACACGAUAGUGAUGUUCUUUUAGACUAUUUGGUUAGUAAUGAAACAUGUUUUCUUCUGUAUCUAUUACGGUUUUUAAAAUAUGUGAGAAGAAACUGGCCCAAGUUUCUUGAGACAUGUCAGUUAAGUGAUGGUAGUAACCGAGGAUUAGAUGAUACAAUGAGAGUUUUGAUAAGGUUGCGUUUACAAAUUAGCCGGUUGGUGUCAAAAUCCCUGUUUCCAUAUAAUAUCAGUCCAGUUCUUAGAUUGCUUGAAGUAUGUGAAAGUUUGUAUGAAGGAAAUGAAUUCAGUUGAAAAUUUACACUCAAACAUUUUAAUUUGAGCAAACUAUAUCUUACUAAAAAAAGUAAUCUCAUCCAACCCAUGAUUCCAAAUAUAUAGAGGAAUUUUAUCGAGAAUUUGUUGCUUAAAUUAAAAUUCUUUUUAUUAUUCUCAAAUCACACAAAGACUGCAAAUAAUUUUAAUUAACAUUCCAGAAUUGUUAAUUGGCAUACUUUAUUUAAUAAUUAGAAUAAAUUAAUUUAUACUAACUAUAGUUGUAUAAUAUUGAUAACAAUGGUUAGUUUAGUAAUUAAAGUCUUCCAUUGAUGAGCAGAUAUACUUGGCACAUGAAGUGUGAAUUAAAUUUUUCUUAACAUGUAUUAUCUGAUAGUCAGUAAUAGUCUAUUUUCUGUAAAAUUUCCAAACAUGUAUUAAUAUAAAUGUGCCUUAUAUAUAUAUUUUUACUUCCAUAUUCAAUACAAACAUACUUUAGGUGUUACCACAAAUUGUCUCUCAAAUAACAUUCUAGUCUUGAGCACUGUCAAAAAUGUCAACAUUGAAAUGAUAUGACAGAUCUUGACACUAGUUUUGAAAUAUAAUAAUAUUUCCCUUGUACAUUCA